GAGAGAGAGAGAGAGAGAGAGAGAUAAAGAUAGAGAUAGAUAGAGAGACACGACCACCCUUGGACAUGCGGCGAAACGUGAAAAUAGUGCUCCUUCUGUCAUGCGCCUGGAUGUUCGUCUUUGUUUACUAUUAUCAUACGUCCAGAGAUACCAAGAACGAGAACAGAGCAUUGCGACUGAAGGAACCCGCAUCCUUGGCCCUAUCCGCUGGAAAUGCCGGUGGUUACAUGGACCCAGAUGGUACUGCCAUUGCGAUGUCGUCCGAACUACAGCCUGCUCCUACACCCGAUCCAAGAGUCACUUGGAAUUACUUCGACGAGCAAGGGUACGUUUCGAGAGGUGGCCUGCGAGCUGGCGAGGACCCAUACGCAAGAAAUAAAUUUAAUCAAGAAGCCUCCGAUGGUCUUCCAAGCAAUCGGGAUAUUCCUGAUACUCGUAGUGCUAUGUGUCGGAUGAAACAAUGGAGAAGAGAUCUUCCACCAACUUCCGUCAUAAUCACUUUUCAUAACGAGGCCAGAUCAACGUUGUUAAGAACCGUAGUCAGCGUACUCAAUAGAAGCCCCGAGCAUCUGAUCAAGGAGAUCAUAUUGGUCGAUGAUUUUAGCGAUCAUCCCGAAGAUGGCGAAGAACUGUCAAGGAUUCAUAAAAUACGAGUGAUCAGAAACGAAAAAAGAGAAGGUUUAAUGAGAUCGAGAGUUCGAGGCGCCGAUGCGGCCACUGCUAGCGUUUUAACGUUUCUGGACUCUCACUGCGAGUGCAACGCUGAUUGGUUGCAACCCCUUUUAGAAAGAGUAGCAGAGGACCCAACGAGAGUUGUUUGUCCUGUAAUCGACGUUAUCAGCAUGGAUACGUUCCAAUAUAUCGGUGCAUCGGCAGAUUUGAGAGGAGGCUUCGAUUGGAGUUUAGUUUUUAAAUGGGAAUAUUUAAGCCAAGCCGAAAGACAAGCACGACAAAAGGAUCCAACGCAAGCAAUCAGAACGCCGAUGAUAGCUGGUGGAUUAUUCGUCAUCAACAAAGCUUAUUUUGAGAAACUUGGGAAAUAUGACACCCAAAUGGACGUUUGGGGUGGUGAAAAUCUUGAAAUAUCCUUCCGUGUAUGGCAAUGCGGUGGAAGUCUGGAAAUUAUUCCAUGUUCUCGAGUGGGUCAUGUCUUUAGAAAACGUCAUCCUUAUUCAUUUCCUGGUGGUAGUGGGAAUGUUUUCGCACGGAACACGAGACGUGCCGCAGAAGUAUGGAUGGAUGAAUAUAAACAAUUUUAUUAUAAUGCCGUACCUCUUGCACGGAACAUUCCUUAUGGAAAUAUUCAAGACAGAAUGGAACUGAAACGAGAACUGGGCUGCAAGCCCUUUAUUUGGUAUUUGAAACACGUCUAUCCCGAAUUGGUGAUCCCUACGAGUGAGGGUGGUCCAGGAGGAUCUCUGAAGCAAGGCACGGCUUGUCUGGAUAGCAUGGGCCAUUUGCUAGAUGGAAACGUUGGUUUAUAUCCCUGCCACGAUACCGGUGGCAAUCAAGAAUGGGGCCUUACCAAGGAUGGUUUGAUAAAGCAUCACGAUCUUUGCCUGACGUUACCACUUUACGCGAAAGGUACGACGCUCCUCAUGCAGGUUUGCGACGGCAGCGAAAAUCAGAAGUGGCGACACUUGGAAGGUGGUCUCAUAAGGCACUCUAGGAUUCCCGUCUGCGUGGAUUCCAGAUAUCACGCUCAACGUGGAAUCACCGCGGAGAAAUGUGAUUCUAACGCGGAAACGCAGAGGUGGCAUCUCUACAAUCACACUCACUAACUUCCAUCGUCCUCUCGAUGAGAACAAUCACCUUACUCGACCGCGUAAUAAUACGUCUCUCGUCCCACGAGUUCGCCAAAUCUUCCAAAGGAUCGAUUGUUUCGUCCGUUCGAUCGUUAAAACGAACGCGCGAGACGAAUUCGUCGCAGAGAGAAGAGAGAUUUUCCUUCUCCAUCUUUUUAUUCUUCUUCUUCUUCUACUUCUUCUUCUUCUUCUUCUUCUUCUUCUUCUUCUUCCUCUUCUACUUCAUCAUCAUCUUCUUUGGGCCUAGAAAAAAUCGUCGUUCUUGAAACGAAUCACGGACCAUACUCUCGGUUUUUUUUUUCUUAAACCAAUCGAUACGAUCACUCCGGAUUUUUUAUAUCAUAAAACGUGCUACAUGAUAUAAAAAAAAAAAAAGAAAAAAAGAAAAUACAAUAAAAAAAAGUCUAAGGACUUCGCACGUUCCCAUCGAAUUUCCCUGAACAAUUUGAUUUGCGCGUAUACUUAAAUGUGUAAUGAUCUCGAAAUACAAUCGCUCGAGCGAUUACUUCUUUGCAUUUAUUUUCAAAAUAUAUAUUUUCUUUUACCUUCUUUUUUUUUUUUUUUUUUUUUUUUUUAAGUCGGAUGUUACUUCACUAUUAUUGUAUUUUAAUAUAGAAGAUACUUGACGAGAGAUUUUGCUUAUGAAUACCAAUUUGAGAUUAUAAUUUUACUAGUACAUACGUUAUAUAAAACGAAGAAUCGAUAGAGCAAUGUGUAUACGUUCUGACACGAGGUAACUCUAGGUUCGAUUAUUAAUAUUUUAAUGUUUUUUUUUUUUCCUUACUCUUUACUAGUCAUUCGCGAUGUUAUAUCUACUUUCCACAAGUUUUAUUUUUUAUUGUAAUCUAUCAAAAGAUGCAUGCGUGGAGGAAUGAGGAUAUUAUUUCUUACAGCUUGACGAUUAUCGAUGGUCGACGAUAGGUCGUAGAUCGAUUCGAGAAGCAUUUUAGUCACAUCUUUACGAGUCUGAAAAGUUCAUCUACGCUGCGUCCGUUCUCCUUUUCUUUUUUUUCUUCUUUUUUCUUUUUUUUUUUUUUUCAUAUAUAUAUAUAUCCAUGCAUAGCAGAUUUUAAUCAAUUUUUAGAGCGUUCGGUCGCAUCGAGAUUUUUUGUCUCCAAUCCAUAAGAUUGGAAUCGUGAGACAAAGCGAAUGUUUCGACUCCACGCUUUAUGAUUCUCGAUAAAGAGAUUUAUUUUUGUAAGAAAUUAUAUAUGUAUUUACUUGGUUGUGCGAACGGAUGGGAAUCGCGAUACGCUUAGCGUGUAAUAAUUUAACACAUUGCGGACCGAUCGAUCGAUAAACUAUAUAAUUUCGUUCGGAUCUCUUCGGUGAAACGUAUAGACACAAUUAGUAUAAUUAAUUAUUACAAAGACAUCCGCAAUGCGUUAAAUGAAAAGGCGAAAGUACAUAUACACGGUGACUUAUAUAGCAAUAUGAUGCAGUUCUUACGAUUUAGGCAGAUCGGCAUGUGAGAUGGCUUUUUUUAUGGCCUCGACUUUCCGCCGAUAACUGAUUAUAACUGCCGCCGUUUUUGCGCCGGAUUCGCAUCUAUCGGAGGUUUGAAAUUUAAUAUUGUACGAUAUUGCGCGCUUUGCAUUGAGCUUUUGUAUGAUAUUGCGCCCAUCCGAAUGUCAUCUUCAAUGUUGACAACAAUGUAGUCGAAAAUGUUUGUUGGGAGAUUGUUUUUUUACAUAUUGAUACUUUAAAUAGGUAAUAACAUGUUUUAGUGUAGAUAUUAUAAAUGAUCGAUAUGUUCUUGCAAAAUGGCAGACAAAAGAUAACGAACGUUCGUUAAUAACAAGUAUAUUGUACAUUUAAAUUAGAGAACGAAAAUACGAUAUUAACAAGUGAAUGCAUUAUACACGCCUGCGUACUCGUAACAUUAUCAUCCAAAUUUUAUACAUUAUCUUUAAGUUUAAUUUUUAAUUUUUAUUCGAUAAAAUUUCUCUUUCUACAUUUUUACUAGAUGAGAUUUGCGUUUAUCAAGCGUUUAACUCUAAAAAAAAAAAUAUUAUUGAAAUAUUAAUGAACAAUUUAUAUGAAUCGUAAUGUUACGUGUAUGUUGAUUGUGUACAUACAUAGAUGUAGACGAAUUCCGUGCGUCUGUUUCAUAUUUAAGAUACACUCGCAAAGUGAAAAUGUGGUAGACGCGCGUACAGGUGCAAGAAUUGUAGGAUUCGUGAUAAAAGUUGGGCCCUAGGGUGUUCUGGACUGGGAUUCGAACCUGGGUCUUUCGCUUUCCGGCCAAUUCCAUUCUCACGAAUGCCUACUUUAUUAGAAAUGGAGAUGAUCACUCCCAUAGAAUUAUACGAAAAAGACCUUGUAAAUAAUUUCAUAUAUUCUAUUAAUUAAUUAUCUUUCUCCCGUCCUAACUUCUCGAAAUAAUACUUCUUUGCUAUAAUAAAAGAUACGGAUACUUUUUCUCUUUGCUUCCGUGCAUGACGAACGAGUUGAAACUACAAAGUUUCUCUACCAUAAUUACGCUGAUACUUGUAAAUAAACCUUAUCACGUGAAAAUAUAAAUAUAAAUUAAUGAAGAAACGGAACAUUGUACUUUCCAAGUCUAUAAACUGUACGAUAACGAUAACAAGAAAAUUCGAAAUUAAGUUAAGAUAAUAAGUAAUCAGUCAAUGUUAACAUUCGUAUCCUAUAAAAUACCUUUGUAAUUGAUGAAGAAACAUUGUUACAAGUAAAAUACGAAGGCUGUAUAGUGGACUAUUCCUUACGUAUUGUUAUUUGCGGUUUCUUCUGAAUCGUUAGAAAAAUGAAUUUUUCUAUAAGAGAGUGUGAUCGUAAUCGAAUAUUUCGGAGAAAUCACGAAUGUUCUAAAGACGAUUAGUGCAUAUUAUAAACAAAAUAAAAUCACUAUGAUUUUAUAAUUCAA